AUCUUCGACGCGAACCCGUACGAGGACCACCCGGGCCUCUCGCCCAUCGAGGCCGACGUCCUCUGGGAAUACGCGAAGCUGAGCCAGCAUAUCAAAGACCUGGUCGCGCAGACGCGCAGGCUGAGCGAGGCCCCGGACGAGUCGAUGCUGAAGCGCCUCCGCGUGCUGGAGCGCAAGAUGGGCCUGGUGCUGACCCUCUUCAAGGCCUCCGUGUGGGGCGUCGUCAACGAGCAG